GCAAUCCUCCGUACAGUGAUGGUCUCCCUACAUAUUUUCGCAAAGUGAAAAAAACAAAUUGCAAUUGUUGCCCUGAAUACUCGAUUGAAUAAACGAAAGGUGUAAUCAUGGAUAAAACGAUAUUUAUUCUGCUGGCUGCACUAGCUGCAACUGCAUAUGCAGCACCACAGGGCAAUCCAAAUCAGGAUAUAACGAUUGUCAGGGCUGAGGAGAACAACAGUAUUGGAGUUGGUGGUUAUCAUUUCAGUUAUGAGCAGAGUGAUGGACAGAAGAGGGAGGAAACCGCUGAAUUGAAGAACGAGGGAUCUGAGAAUGAGGCAAUGUCCAUUGUUGGCAGUUUUGAGUUCAGGGGACCCGACGGCAAGACGUACAGGGUGGAUUACACUGCCGAUGAAAAUGGAUUCCAUCCGACAAUUACACUGGUUUAAAUUAAGUUCUGAAUGACGUGGCUCGAUGCUCUGGGGCAAUCGUCGGGCGCAAUGCCAUUGGUCCAAGGGAUCGAGAUUUUUUUCUGAUCUAUUUUGUAUCUGUUUUUUUUUCGAUGGAGUCGGGCAGGAUAGCUGCGAGACUCUGUUGAUCGCAUUAAAAAAAUUUGAGCUAUU